AUGGCGAUCCAGUCCCUGCGCGAGAUAAACGCCUACAAUCUACGCACCUUCAAACGCCACUAUGUCUCCGAGAUCUCAGGCAGCCUCGGCGACCUAGGCACAUUCCUGCCCAUCGCCAUCGCUCUGGCCCUCAAUGGCACCGUCUCCCUCGCUAGCACCCUGAUCUUCUCUGGCAUUUUCAAUAUUCUAACCGGUGUAUUCUUUGGAAUCCCGCUGCCGGUCCAGCCCAUGAAGGCCAUCGCCGCAGUCGCUAUCGCGCGUAGUUUCUCCAACGGUACGAUCGCCGCCGCGGGCAUCUUCGUCGGCGCUUGUAUCCUCGUCUUCAGCUUGACGGGUAUCCUGCGCUGGUUCUCCAGCGUCAUUCCCAUCCCCGUCGUCAAGGGCAUUCAAGUUGGAGCGGGCCUGUCUCUGAUUAUCGCGGCCUGCAGUAGUGUGCUCCAACCCCUGGGUUGGGUUAGCCCCUCAUGGGCUGAUAAUCGGAUCUGGGGAAUCGCCGCUUUUGCAGCGCUUCUCAUUAGCAACAUUUACCGCCGGGUACCAUAUGCGCUCGCCGUUUUGGCUCUGGGACUGGUGUUUGCCGUUAUCCGUACCGCUCUUGCGGGACACCUGCCUGGCUUUGCGGUGUGGCGUCCAUUCGCUGUUAUUCCCUUACCUCAUGAAUGGAGAGUCGGUGCUAUUGAUGCUGGCAUUGGGCAGAUUCCUCUGACAACGCUGAACUCAAUCGUUGCCGUUGUUCAUCUGUCGAAUGAUCUGCUGCCGAACGUGCACAGUCCGUCUAUCACCCAGAUCGGAUUUAGUGUCGCUGGUAUGAACCUGCUUUGCUGCUGGUUCGGCGCAAUGCCUGUCUGCCACGGGUCUGGAGGUUUAGCAGCGCAGUACCGCUUCGGUGCUCGCUCGGGGGCAAGCAUCAUAUUUCUCGGUGUGUUGAAACUCAUCAUCGGGCUUCUGUUUGGGGAAACUUUGGUUGAUCUGCUGUACCGAUUCCCGGCUGCGUUCCUCGGCGUUAUGGUCAUUGCGGCUGGCGUGGAGCUUCUGAGCGUUGGCGAGAGCCUCAAUACUACUGGUGCGCGGGAUCUCAAUCAUGCUGGUGUCGGCCUUUUGGCGAAUGCGGAACAGCAUCUUGGUCCUAUUCUUACUGACGAAGAACGCAAACGCCGCUGGACUGUCAUGAUGGUUACCGUAGGGCUGCUGGUAGGGUUUAAAAAUGACGCAGUCGGUUUCAUUGCCGGCAUGCUUUGCCACUGGGCUUAUGAGAUUCCAGGGUGGUGGGAGAAGGGACGAAGCCGCUGGUCGGAAGGACGUCUACGUCUGCGUGACUGA